AUGAAAUUAAUCGAAGAAACAGAAAUCUACAUGCUGAAAAUUAUUUUGGAAGAAUUUUCACAAGAUUUAUUUUCAUUCGGCAUCUUUACGGCUCCAGUACAAGAUCCUAGCACUCCAGAAG